AUGUCUUCCACAUCAGCAACACACGGCAAUGGAGCGGCAAACGGAGGUGCCGGCCGGUCAACAACCCCAACACCCGACCCGCUCGCGUUCAUGACACGCCUCAACCAAAGCGUGUACAUCCACCGCCCAUCCAAGACCAAUGCAGCCGAACCAGCAGCACCAGCACCAGCACCAGCAGCAGCGAGCCCCCGCCUCAUCCUGAUGUGUACGUGGAUGGGAGCCCACCCCAUGCACAUUAGCAAGUACGUUAAACCGUACACCAAGCUCUACCCCCACUCGGCAAUCGUCCUCGUCCGUUCCGAGAUGCGUCACUUUGUACGCCCCGGUACCAUCGAUGAGAUCAAGCCAGCCGUCGACGCCAUCCGCGCAGAGUUUUCCGAGUCGAUGGAGCCCAUGGCCGACCACUUGACGACGUCUACUGCAUCCACUUCCUACCCCCCUCUCCUCGUCCACGUCUGGUCCAACGGCGGCAGCAACGGCCUCUGCCAUAUCGCCCGCCGUCUCCCUCCUCUUCCCCCAUACACCAUUGUGUACGACUCUACUCCAGGACAGUUCCGCUACCGUUCAACCGUCACGGCGCUUCUCGCGGUUCUCCCGCCGCUCCUCCGCACCAUCCUCGCGCCUGCUGUCCAUGCACUGUGCUGCUGGUGGUGGCUUCGUUAUCAGUUUGACCAGCGAGUCCUGCGUAUCAACAGGGACCCACUGUACCUGACCGCCGCGGCCCAGAACUCCCCUGCUCGCCUCGCGCGUGAAGUUCGUCGCUCGUACAUCUACAGCAAGGAGGACGCUCUCAUCGACUAUCGAGAUGUGGAGGCGCACGCCGCCGAAGCCAAGACCAAAGGUGCAGACGUCCGUCUCGAACUCUUCGCUGGCACACACGUUGGCCAUCUCCGCGCAGACCCAGAGCGCUACUGGCGUGUUGUCCGUGAAACAUACGCGGGACUGGGGUCGUUUGAGACAUCCAAAGACGACAUUGAGUCGCAUGCUGCGGUAGCAACGCCAGAGGUGGAGACUGAGGUCCAGGCCGCCUCGGUGUGA